CAGAUCGAGGGACGUGGUGAAAGGAGCAGACAUGGUUCAUGGUUCAUUCAGUUUCCUUCACGUUGUUGCAGGUCUUCUGAUGCUCGGCGUGUCUGGGGCAACGAAGAAGGAAUCAGCGAGAAACAACUCAGGACUCCAGCCAGCCGGGCAGUGCGGAACGUGGGUAAAAAAACCCGAGGGAGGGUUCUUCACGUCCCCCAACUACCCCAACAAGUACCCGCCGGAGCGAGAGUGCGUCUACAUCAUCGAAGCUCCCCCGAGACAGUGUAUUGAUCUCUUCUUCGAUGAGAAGUACUCCAUAGAGCCGUCCUGGGAAUGUAAAUUCGACCACAUCGAGGUGCGGGACGGCCCCUUCGGCUUCUCGCCUAUAAUCGGGCGCUACUGUGGACAGCAGAGCCCGCGGUACAUCCGCUCGAGCGGCCGCUACCUGUGGAUAAAGUUCGUGGCGGACGGUGAAUUAGAGGCGGUGGGAUUUUCAGCCAAUUACAACUUCACCACAGAUCCCGACUUGAAAGACAUGGGCGUCCCCAAACCUCUCCCCGCGUGUGAAUUCGAGAUGACCGGACCCGAGGGCAUCAUCGAGUCCCAGCAGAUCGUCAGAGAGGGUAAAGCUUCACCCACCGAGGCCGUGGACUGCAGCUGGAUCAUCCGAGCUCCUCCCCGCUCCAAGAUCUACCUGCGGUUCCUGGACUACGAGAUGCAGAACUCGAACGAGUGUAAGAGGAACUCGGUGGCGGUGUACGACGGCAGCGGCUCCGUCGAGGACCUGAAGUGUAAAUUCUGCAGCACGGUGGCGAGCGACGUCACUCUGAGGACGGCGCUGGGCGUGGUGCGCAUGUGGGCCGACGAGCACAGCCGGCGCAGCCGCUUCCGCAUCCUGUACACCACCUUUAAAGAACCUCCGUGUGAGGCUGAUAUGUUCUUCUGCCACAGCAACAUGUGUAUCAACAACUCGCUGGUGUGUAACGGGAUCCAGAACUGUGUCUACCCAUGGGACGAAAACCACUGCAAAGAGAAGAGGCAAGCGAACAUCCUGGAUAACCUGAACAACACCAAUGGCAGCAUCAUCGGCGUGACCUGCUGCGUGGUCCUGGUCCUGCUCGUCGUCUCCGUCAUGGUGCAGAUCAAACAGCCCAGGAAGAAGUACGUCAUGCAGCGGGACGACCUGCAGGACGCCUUCCAGGACACGCCGCGGCGCUACGACCUGGCCGACCUGGCCGACCUGGCGGAGGACCUGGAGACCACGUUUCAGAAGCGCUGCGUCCACGAGCACCACUGCGGCCGGGCCAAAUCGACCUCCGGGAUGGAUCCUCAUCAUCAUCAUCACCAUCAUCACCACCACCAUCAUGUCAAAGAUAACCGGCGCAGCAUCGUGGUGAUGAAGCACGGCUACGCGGCGCAGGAGGAGCCGGAGAUGGACGACGAGCUGGACGAGGAAGUGCCGACCACCAGCCACCGACUGUCCCGACACGACAAGGCAGUGCAGCGAUGUGGCCCAUCUCUGCCUUUCCAGCUGAGGACUAAACCCUGCUGUAGAAAAAAUAAACUGCUUUCUCUGUUGGAUCACUCAUGGAUAAUACACACUGUGUUUCUACUACAGACAAAAAACUACAACUGUGGCGGUUUGUGGCGGUUUGUGGGGGUUUGGGGAAGAUUUACCUUGUUAUUUGGUAUUUUUUUUCCAUGUGUAGAAAAAGAAUCUGUUAUGUUUCACCGGUUUGCCCUUUAAGAAACUCCUGUAACGCUGAAUAUGAAGAGGUCGAUUUUAAUCUGUAAUCUUUUUCAGUCCAGGAUUUAUCGACCGUUUAUCAGACAAGCUGAAGAAGGAAGAAUGUGCCGCCCCUGUAAGACUUUAAUAUUAAAAGUGUAUUCAAAUAGUUUAGCAAGUCCUGUCUAUGCAUAAUUUAAUAGAAAUGGCUACUUAAUUAUUUCAUUUUUACCAAUAAAAUAAA